AUGUCCCCGGAGCGGGAGGCGCGGAGCAAGCGCGCAGGGGCGCCGCCUCCGCGGAUGCUGCUGCUUCUCCCGCUGCUGCUCCGCCUGUGGCUGCAGCCGUGCGCCGCCGACUACUGCAGCUGGAAGGGCAGUGGCUUGAGCUGGGAGCCCCGCUCCCGUGCGGUGGAGCAGGUCCACCUGCGUUGUACCGAGGGCUUCCUGGAAUGGAUGUACCCGGCCCGAGCCCUCCGCGUCAUCUUGGAGCCCAACCUGUCCAGCGCUCAGCACACCGCCGUCUGCAUCAAGCCGUCCAACACUUUCCAAGGUGCCAACAUCUACGUGGAGCGGGACGGGCAGCUCCACCUGCUGCUGAGUGACGCCGAGGAGCCCCGCCUGCACCAAGUCUCCUGCUUCAGCACCCGCACGCCCCAGCGGGUGGCACUUUUCCUGCAGGCCAGUCCUCAGAGGGACAUCAGCCGCAGGACAGCCAGCUUCCAGUACGAGUUGCUGAGCAACAAGAGCGUCACAGGCCCAGACUUCCAGAAAAUGGCGCUUGUGGAAGCUAUGUGCCGCCCCUGUGACAACAUGGAACUUCUCAUGGCUAUUUGCAGCAGUGAUUUUGUGGUGAGAGGAUCGAUCCACAACGUCACCCACGAUGCGGAGAACCACAUGUCCCAGGUGGAAGUUGGCGCGCGGCGGGUCUACAGGCAGAAAAACCGGAUCUUUCAGCAAGAUAAAGUGAGCGGCAAAUGGCGAGGACCCGUCAAGACCUUGCUGCAGUGUAAGGUGAAGAAAGGAACCGGCGACUUCCUCUUCACGGGCAAUGAGCACUUUGGGGAAGCUUGGCUGGGUUGUGCCCCGCGAUUUAAAGACUUUGGCGCUGUCUAUCAAAAAGCCAUCGAGAGGGGGGCGAAUCCCUGCGAGUUUCCAUUUGACUAAUGAGUCACCAUGCCUGUUGUGAUGAACCAAAGGACCAGUUCCAGGACAGCUUUGCAUAUAAGGGAGAACGAUGGCGCUCGUGUUGUUUGGCAGAGGUGGAACGUCAAAAGAGAAGUGUGUGUUUUCUUUAAGGGAAAGGGAGCCGGAGAAUAGUGACAGGUUAGCUAACAAGUCUCUUCUCUGCAAUGGACUCGUCGUGCAGUCGUGGGCAAGUUAAGUCACGCCAGUUCCUGACUGGUAAAAGGGGGAAGUUGUAGUGGCCUACCUCGCAGGGUUGUUGUGAGGGCGAACAAUAAAGAAUGUAAAGCACUUUGCGAAUUAAAAAAUAAA